UAUCUAUAAUUGCUCAAGCACAAAGUCAUUUAGCAGGGCAAUCAAUAGAGAAAUUAUAUAAAUUAAUCCAAGAGGCAAGGCGUAUUAUUGUUAUGGAUAAUGACCUAACUGAUCCAAAUAUCGAAUGGAUUAAGGUCCUUCGUAAGGAUAAACUAUUCUUUAUUAUUCACAAUACUUAUCAAUCCCAAAAAGAUAAGACAUUUUACUUGGCUUCUAAUAAAGAGACUGUAUUAACUGAACUUUGGGAUUGGGCCAAGCAGAUAAAGGAUGUGCAAGGAAUUAUUCGUACACUUAAGACCGAUUUUCCAGAAUUACGGAUUAAGGAAUAUCAUGGCAAGUCUGAUCCAGUGGAAAAGACUCAUGACUUCAGCAAUGUAGAAGAAUCAUGGAAAGACGUAGACCUAGUUGCCUAUACUAGUACUCUAAAGAUAAGAGUGUCUUGCACUAAUCCUAAGUUUGAACGGGCAUUCUGUCUCUUUAAUAGCUAUAUAGAAACAAACGCAGGAACAAAUCAGAUGUUAUUCCGCAUGCGGUGCAUUAAAGAUUAUAUAUGUCAUAUUGAGCAAAGAUCUUCUAAUGUUCCCAUCACAGAAAAGGGGUUAUUCCAGUGGUUAUUAAAUGCUAAACGUGAAUGUCUCCCCCGAGAACUUCAGAAUAGAGGAAUUUUUCCAGAUAUAAACUCUAUCAUUCAGAAUAAGGAUGUACCGACUGUUCGAUUAUGGGUGGCCUAUAUGUUAGAAAAAUUCCAACCCAUUCCUAAGUCUGAAGAAAACAUUGCAUCAUUAUCUCAAGUCGUGAAGGCGAAUUCCUCUAUUGUUAAAGCAGAGGAGAUAUCAGAUGUAUCUAAUGCUACUAUUGUCGAUCGUGAAACUGCUGAAUUUCUAGAGAACAAACCAAGAAAAACUUUACAAGAAAUGCGAUCUCUAGACCGGCACCAUAUCGUGAAAUGUUAUGAGAUUUUACCUGAAUUAUUGACCGAAAAUUUCAUUUCGAA